CUCCACGGAGCCUCUCCUCUCCCGCCCCGAUCCCUCCACGGGAAGAGCCUCCCUUUCCUCCAGUCCCACCCUCCGCGACGGAGGGCGGGUGGGCCAUUCCUGCCUUCUCCCCCCCCCCCCCCACCAUCCCCAUCAGGGGUGCACCGGGCUGCCUGGACCAGAGAUUGGAGGGGCUCUUGUGCCUUUAAGACUGUCACCCUCGCCUGCACGCUUCCACCCUAGCGAGGCUCCCCACUGGAGCCGGUGGGGCUUGUUUCCGAGGACGGGUCGUAUCUUAAGAGUGGCACAGAGUGGAGAGUUUCUGCAGGGGUCACGAGGCCUCUGAUACCAGGAGCAGCCCAGUUCUGGCGCUGGGAGUGUUGCCACCCGCCCCCACCCGGGCGACCAUGAACGGGAGUGCAGCUCCCCUUUCACCGGUCGGGGGAGGGCCCGCAGGGGAGCCCGCCUCCCUCCCCUCGCCAAGUUGGCGGGAAUUCUGUGAGGCGCAUGCUCGUGCCGCGGCGGUGGACUUCGCCCGUCGUUUCCGGGCCUUCCUUGGCGAGAAUCCGCAGUUUGCCACACCGGGAGCCGAGGCGGCCUUCUCGCGCCGUUUUGCUGAGCACUUUCUGGAACAUUUCGAGGCAGAAGUGAGCCGGGCCUACGCCAGCGACUCUCCCCCCCGGUGUGACAUCGCCCCUUUCACGGGCUGCUCCUCGGCACGCGACCUCUCCGAGACCUGCAGCGACUCCUCUGUCGCCUCCCCUGUGGAGCCUCCCCUGGGGCCGCCUUCUGGCCUCUCCAGCAGCCAGUCGCGCAGCUCUGAAGACGUUUCCAUGGCGGCGGCGGUCACUGCCACCAAACCAAAGCUAAAGAAGCGCUUCUCCUUGCGCAAUGUCAGCCGCAGCGUCCGAGGCAGCGUCCGUGGCAUCCUGCAGUGGAAGACCUCGGCCGAAUCGUCCCCUGUGGGCAGAGAGGAGGCGGCGACUGGAGCCAACAGUAAUUCCAACUCUUCCGGGGGGGCCGACUCUGAGCGCUGGACUCACAGAUUUGAGCGCCUGCGGCUCAACAAAGCCUCCCCGGCCACCCUCCGCGUGGAACUGGCCAGUGUGCGGCGUGAGGGCCUACUGAACUACAUAGUCGCUGAUGAUGGGGCAGGCGGGGGAAGCCGGACACGCUGGCAGAAAUGCCGUCUUCUCCUGCGCAAAGCGGGCAAAGGGGAGGGGGAGGGUUACCUGUUGGAGUUCUACAUCCCACCAAAGGCAUCAAAGCCACGGGUCAGCAUUGCGUGCUCCUGUGUCGUGGACGUGCGGACGACGACCCCCCUGGAAAUGCCUGACAAGGAGAACACCUUUGUGCUCAAGCUGUCGAGCUCCUUGGAGUACAUCCUUGAAACAGUGGACUCUCUGCAGAUGCGCUCGUGGCUGGCGGACAUUCAGGAGUGCAUGGGCCUGGGAGAGAGCACCGAUAGCUUGGAACAACCCUGCAUGAACCACUCGGAGAGCAUGCCCAGCCGGGAGCUUCCCAUGGUGCCGAGUGAGAGCAGCGAACAGCUCAGCCAAGGUGCCUAUGGGGGCCUGAUGGAACGUCCCUCAGCCUCCAUGUCCCCCAGCUCCGUCUCCAUCACGGCCUCGCACUUUGACUCGAUGGAGCUGCUGCCUCCUGAGCUGCCUCCUCGGGUGCCAAUUGACGAAGGGCCAUUUCCCACCAGCCUUCUCCAUACGACUUUCCCCGAAACCCCUGACACUACAGGUUCCUUCCUCUUCCAAGGGGAGCCAGACCCAGGUGGGGGCAGUCUUGGGGACACAGAGCACACCCUCUCGGAAUACCCUUGGUUCCACGGCACCCUGUCGCGCCUCAAAGCAGCCCAGCUGGUCCUGGCCGGGGGAGCCAGCAGCCACGGCGUCUUCUUGGUGCGGCAAAGCGAGACACGGCGCGGCGAAUAUGUCCUGACCUUUAACUUCCAGGGGAAAGCCAAGCACCUGCGCCUCUCCCUCAACGAGGAUGGGCAGUGCCGGGUCCAGCAUCUCUGGUUCCAGACCAUCUUCGACAUGCUGGAGCACUUCCGGGUCCACCCCAUCCCUCUUGAGUCGGGUGGUUCCAGCGACGUGACCCUCGUCAGCUAUGUGGUCGCUUCGCAACGGCUGCACGAACCGAACACCUCUCGUAACCUGCCGCCGCCCCCUCCUCUCCCCCCAGCACGACCACCUCAUGCUCCCCCCGACUGUGCAUUGCUGGAGGCUGAGGGGGAGGUUGAGGAGGAGGGCUUGCUGGAGCCGGAGGGGGACGAGGGAGCAGCCACAAGAGGAGGGGGGUCUGUUCCCCUGCCGGAGGAGCCAGAAGGACGAGCCAGGGCUGUGAACAACCAGUACUCAUUUGUCUGAGCCCCACAGACCUGGGAUAGAGGAGGGAACCAGCCCUUAUCUUCCCCGCCCCAAUGGAGAUCUGACCCUUACCCACGGGUACAAGAUGGGCUUCUAUACCCAAAAGACGUCUACAUUUUCUCCAGUAACAUUUUGGGGUGGGGGGGAGGAGGGACUGGCCUGACCCCUCAGUCUCUUCUCUCCCCUCCCCACUCUGGGUAUGGCGCAAACAUAACUUCUGCUUGCCCAACAAUAUAGGUACGAAACCCCCCUGGUUUUGUGCUUCCAACUUGCAACCGCUCGGUACGUUGUUACUUUAGCCUUGUUUGGUUGCUAAGGCAUGAGCCUGUUCUCUCCCCACCCCCACCCCCACUCCACCCCACAUCUCUGAAAGGAGCAGUGGCUCCCUGUAAACACUACAUGGAAGGGUGGUGGUGAUGGUAAAUCCCACCCUCCGCCCCACUAACCUUUUGACUCCAGACACAGUCUCUUGUACCCCUGCCCUUUUUGCUGAAUGUAUGGAGUCUCCGAAUGUAAGUCUCUCCCCCUCCCCAUCUCCUCUCUUGGGGCGAUGGGGAGGGGAAGUUUAACUCCCUCUUCCAAGCUCAGAAAUAUAUUUAUAUCCUUCCCUCUCCUCCCCGCUACCUUGCCUGGCUUGGUCGGACACUUUCAAUAAAGUUUCCACCACCCCAGAUUAAAUUAAAAAUAUUAUGAAAUAGACACCUUCACACACAGAUACUGUCCCCUCCCCUUGUUCCUGCUUACUGCACCCCCCUUUAAGAUUUAUUUUUCUACUGUGGACUAGCUGGGCUCCUCGGGCCGCCUUUGUCUCUUCAAUUGUCUCUAUCUUCUUAAUUUGCUCUGAGGUACUGUUUGCUCAUCUGUCUGUUUUUUUGUUUUGUUUAAAUUUUGGGGGAGUUUGUAUGAAAAUAAAGGAAACAUCAUUUUACCUUUUAAAAGAA